GGCGGCGUUGAGUCAGGCCGGCGGUGGGGGCGACUGCGGCGGCCGCCCUCGCAGCGCCAUGAAGACCCGCUUCAGCAGCGUGGACCUCCGCGCUGUGCUCGUGGAGCUGAACGCCAGCUUGCUAGGAAUGAGAGUAAACAAUGUUUAUGAUGUGGAUAACAAGACGUAUCUUAUUCGUCUUCAGAAACCAGAUUUUAAAGCAACGCUAUUACUGGAAUCUGGCAUACGAAUUCACACAACAGAAUUUGAGUGGCCUAAGAAUAUGAUGCCGUCUAGUUUUGCCAUGAAGUGCCGAAAACAUUUGAAGAGUCGGAGAUUAGUCAGUGCAAAACAGCUUGGUGUGGAUAGAAUUGUAGAUUUUCAGUUUGGAAGUGAUGAAGCUGCUUAUCACUUAAUCAUUGAGCUCUACGAUAGGGGGAACAUUGUUCUUACAGAUUAUGAAUAUCUAAUUUUAAAUAUCCUAAGAUUUCGGACUGAUGAGUCAGAUGAUGUUAAGUUUGCUGUUCGUGAACGCUAUCCAGUUGAUCAUGCUAGAGCUGCUGAGCCUUUGCUUACCUUGGAAAGGUUGACUGAAAUAAUAGCCAGUGCACCUAAGGGCGAACUACUGAAGAGAGUUCUUAACCCAUUACUUCCCUAUGGACCAGCUCUCAUUGAACACUGUCUUAUAGAAAAUGGAUUCUCUGGCAAUGUCAAAGUGGAUGAAAAAUUUGAAAGUAAAGAUAUUGAAAAAGUACUUGUUUGUCUGCAGAAAGCAGAAGACUAUAUGAAAACAACAUCCAACUUCAGUGGAAAGGGAUAUAUCAUUCAGAAAAGAGAAAUGAAACCAAGCCUCGAAGUGGAUAAACCGACUCAAGACAUACUCACGUAUGAGGAAUUUCAUCCUUUCUUGUUUUCUCAACAUUCACAAUGUCCAUAUAUAGAGUUUGAAUCAUUUGACAAGGCCGUGGAUGAAUUUUAUUCCAAGAUAGAAGGUCAGAAAAUAGAUUUAAAAGCUUUACAACAGGAAAAACAAGCAUUGAAGAAGUUAGAUAAUGUCCGAAAGGAUCAUGAAGACAGAUUAGAAGCUCUUCAACAGGCUCAGGAAAUAGACAAACUUAAAGGAGAGCUCAUAGAAAUGAACCUGCAAAUAGUUGACAGAGCCAUUCAGGUUGUUCGAAGUGCUUUAGCCAACCAGAUAGAUUGGACAGAAAUCGGGUUAAUUGUGAAAGAAGCCCAAGCUCAAGGAGACCCUGUUGCAAAUGCAAUCAAAGAAUUAAAACUGCAAACAAAUCAUGUUACAAUGCUGCUAAGAAAUCCAUACUUGUUAUCAGAGGAGGAAGAUGACGAUGUUGAUGGUGACAUCAGUGUUGAGAAAAAUGAAACUGAACCACCAAAAGGAAAAAAGAAAAAACAAAAGAAUAAACAGCUGCAGAAGCCUCAAAAAAAUAGGCCAUUGCUUGUUGAUGUUGACCUCAGCUUGUCAGCAUACGCCAAUGCCAAAAAGUAUUAUGAUCACAAGAGAUAUGCUGCUAAGAAAACACAAAAGACUGUUGAAGCUGCUGAGAAGGCAUUCAAAUCAGCAGAAAAGAAAACGAAACAAACCUUAAAAGAAGUCCAAACAGUUACCUCUAUUCAAAAAGCAAGAAAAGUGUACUGGUUUGAGAAAUUUCUGUGGUUCAUUAGCUCAGAGAACUAUCUAAUUAUAGGUGGACGAGAUCAGCAACAGAAUGAAAUAAUUGUGAAAAGAUACUUGACACCAGGGGACAUUUAUGUACAUGCAGAUCUUCAUGGGGCUACUAGCUGUGUAAUUAAGAAUCCAACAGGAGAAGCGAUCCCACCUCGGACCUUGACUGAAGCUGGCACAAUGGCACUUUGCUACAGUGCUGCUUGGGAUGCACGAGUUAUCACUAGUGCUUGGUGGGUGUACCAUCAUCAGGUGUCUAAAACAGCACCAACUGGAGAAUAUUUGACAACAGGAAGCUUCAUGAUAAGAGGAAAAAAGAAUUUCCUUCCUCCUUCAUAUCUAAUGAUGGGGUUUAGCUUCCUCUUUAAGGUAGAUGAGUCUUGUGUUUGGAGACAUCGGGGUGAACGGAAAGUCAGAGUGCAGGAUGAAGACAUGGAGACACUGGCCAGCUGCACAAGUGACCUCAUCUCAGAAGAAAUGGAACAACUAGAUGGAGGUGACAGUAGCAGUGAAGAUGAUAAGGAGGAAUUACAGGAAACUCCUGUGCAAGUGGAAGUCGUGACUCAGGUUGACCAAGAGGAUAUUACUGUUCAGAGUGGUGGAGAUGAGCUAAAUGAAGAAGGAAUUCAGGAAGAGAGCUCUGAAGACGAAGGAGAAUCUGAAGAGGUGCUGAAAGAUCAGGACCCUGUGGGUGAGGUGAAGGAUGAUGGGGGAGACGCGUUCAGUUACCCCGAUACCACCAUUGACCUAUCCCACCUGCAACCUCAAAGGUCCCUCCAGAAAUUGGCUUCAAAAGAGGAAGCUUCUAAUCUGAGUGACAGUAAAUUACAAAGCCGGAGACAUUUGUCAGCCAAGGAAAGAAGGGAAAUGAAGAAGAAAAAGCUUCCAAGUGACCCAGGGGAUUUAGAAGUGAUAGAGGGAAAAGACAAAGAAAAAGAAAAUGCCCUACACGUUGAAACUCAUCAGAACACAAGCAAAAAUGUCCCAGCUGUUCAGCCAAUGAAGCGAGGACAAAAGAGUAAGAUGAAAAAAAUGAAGGAAAAAUACAAAGACCAAGAUGAAGAAGAACGUGAACUCAUCAUGAAAUUGCUGGGGUCUGCGGGUUCAAACAAAGAAGAAAAAGGGAAGAAGGGGAAGAAAGGAAAAACAAAGGAUGAACCAGUGAAGAAACAGCCCCAGAAACCUAGAAGUGGACCACGGGUUUCAGACAGCAUAAAGAAAGAAACUCCAUCCCUUGCGGUUGUAACUCAUGAGUUACAAGACUUGGCUGUAGAUGAUCCACAUGAUGACAAGGAAGAGCAAGACCUGGAUCAACAGGGAAAUGAGGAAAAUCUGUUUGACUCUUUGACAGGACAGCCACAUCCUGAAGAUGUUCUACUGUUUGCCGUUCCGAUAUGUGCCCCUUAUGCCACCAUGACGAACUAUAAAUACAAAGUGAAACUUACUCCUGGAGUUCAGAAAAAGGGAAAAGCUGCAAAAACAGCCUUGAACAGUUUCAUGCAUUCCAAAGAAGCAACGGCAAGAGAAAAAGACUUAUUCCGCAGCGUAAAGGACACGGAUUUAUCAAGAAACAUUCCUGGCAAAGUGAAAGUGUCUGCACCCAACCUUCUGAAUGUAAAAAGGAAAUAGCUGGAAUGAAAUCCUAAAAUAUUUGCGAAGAGCCAAUUUUAUAGCCUUUUGGAAGUCCAGAGAUGAAAACACCACGUAGCAAGACUUCCGUAUUUAAAAAUGAACUAAACAUUGCCUUGCUAUAUUCGCCAAAAGAACUUAUUGUUUUUUUUCCAGUUUUAUAGAGAGGAAACACUAUGAUGGGAUUUCCUAAAAUAUUUGUGGACAGUUAAAUGCUAAUUGUAUACAUUUAUAGUUACUCUACAUUUUCUUGGAAUUUGGGAGGUUAAUAUUAAUUAUUCAUUUCAUGUUGUAAGGAAACGGAACAGUGAAGUGGCUCCAUUGCUUAGACUGCUGACUUGGGAGUCUACUGUAUAGACCAUCUAAUGUAUCUGUUACUCCCAGGACAAUCACAGGGUUUUUUUUUCUGGUGGUGGUGGGGGUUGGGCAUGGUUAAACAUUUAGAAUUAGGUCUUGAAAACCCUAACUACUGAAGGAAUAAAUUUCCUUCCACCUUUACUGACAUUAGACCAGAUUUAAAAUACAGAUAAUUCCCAUAACUCAACUUAAAUAACACCUAGAAGAAAUUGGUGUUGAUCACUUCCAUGCAUUUAUACACCUUCACUUUUCAUCUUACUUUCUUCUUUCCACCUCUAGUAAUUAUCACUAGCAUGUUACUUAAUAUCUUAACCUAUAAUAUCAGAAGUGCACUUGUAGGUUUAUCACUAACGACUCCUGACCCAGCUUUUUUCUUCUGUCUCCUAACAGAAUGGAGAAUAAAGUCAUACAUUAUUUCCAUUCUUUUAUGAGCCACAAAACUGUUACUUUUUAAAUUAGACAACAGCUGCCGAUAGUCAAUACGACCACUUGCCCCAGCCCCUAUACCAAAGCAUUAAGGUCAAAGUACUAAGUAGCUGUUGGUCCUUCCAAAAUUUCUUUUAUUAGCUUAGUGCUACUGAGAAUAUUUUUCCAUUUGAGAUUAAUGUAAAAAAAAACACAACUUUAUAAUUAUGUAGCCUAGUGUCGUAAAUACAA